UCUCGACUCCCUUCAAACUCUUUCCUCUUCAAACAGUUGGCGCACUCAAUUUACAAUCUUCCGCGUUGAGCGAUUCGAUGCAAUUUGGGUCAUUUCACUUUGUUCCGAUCUUCUUUCCCCCCAUAUUGCCGCUUGUGCUCUUCGCUAGUCAUCGUCGACUAUAAUUUUCCCAGAUGGCUUAUGAAUUGACCGAACAAAAAAAGGUUGGUUUGGGUCUGCUUGGGUUUGGCAUCUUGUUCGCAUUUCUGGGUGUGAUACUUUUCUUCGACAGAGGUUUGCUUGCUCUUGGGAAUAUAUUUUGGUUAAGUGGGGUGGCCCUUUUACUUGGUUGGCGUUCGACAGUCAAUGUCUUCACUAGCAGACACAACGUCAAGGGUUCUGCAUCUUUUCUGAUUGGUCUCUUUUUCCUUUUUGUUCGGUGGCCAAUCCUUGGCAUGAUCUUGGAACUAUAUGGUUGUCUUGUUCUCUUUGGGGGUUUUUGGCCAACUGUUAAGGUCUUCCUCUGUGAAAUUCCAUUUGUGGGAUGGGUAAUACGAUAUUUGUUCUGAAGAAGAUCACUACAGCGGUCAAGUCUUGUCAUAAAAACUCUGCACUGCAAAGACUUUUUACCAUAAGAAAAAUGUAACUUUUUCUUGGGGUAUGUAUGAUUGGGUUUAGGUAAUUGUGGAAUAUACUGUGGCAAGAAGUUGUAUCCUCAGAAUUGGUAUAGAAGAACGUACAGUAGGGUAUUCAUAUAACAUGCUUUGCUUCUCAGAAAAGUAGGUCUGUGAUUUUUUUUUUUGCUAGAAAGCUAAUGUCAUCUGUUCAUAUGGAAAAUAUAAGCUGGUCUGUUUUUUUUUUUUGUU